AGACCACACAAGAGUACGGGUCCGUAGCCAUUUUGGCUCAAGCGAGCCUGGCUUACGGCAGGCCCUCGGGCGCGCGGGCGCGCCCGCCAGAGGCCAUGGUACACUCCGGGUGCGGAGCGGCUUGGGCGUCUGCGUCUGCCCGCACCCUGGCUCGGCGCUUGCGGCGCGCGCGCCGCCAGGAGCUCGGGCUCAGCAGGGCCGCAGCGCUGGCGCAGCGGACCAAGGUCCUGCGGCGUGCGCUGGCGGCGCACUGGCAGCUCGCCGACGUCCUCGGCGGCUUCGCGCCCUGCCACGGCGACGCCUUGGCAGCUGUGAGGCUGCUCGGCGCCGCGCCUGCAGUGCUGAUCGAUGCCCAGUUCGACCUCGAGGAGGGCAACUGGGCGCGGCACGCGCCGCCUCCAGGACAAGCUCGUCUGCGGCCUGUCCCCACCGAAGCGCGCCGCGCUGAGGUUGCCGAGGCGGCCUUGGCGCAGACCCAGGUCCUGGGCGCUGUGCCGCUCGCGGCGCCCCUGGCCUUGGAGCGGCCGCCUGGAGUGUGGCACGAGGUCUACUCGCGCGAGUGGGGCAACGCGCCAGCCGGCGGCGAUGCGAAGGAGCCCUCGGCGCUCUCUGACUUCCGCGUCGAGCCGCGCGCCCUUCCGCUGGCCGAGGUGCUGGCGCCUGGUGCGUGGCAGGGCUUCGACCUCGUCGCGGCGUCCGCGGGCCAGGCCUUUGCGCAGGGGGUUGCGGCGGGCUGGCGGCUCGCUGUUCUGGAGGCUGAGGCCGCGGGCGAGCACCAGCGGGCCGACCCCUACGACCUGUUGCUGGACGCGCUGGGCAUCGAGAGCUGCGACGGCGGGAGCGAGGGCGGCGGCGACGGGGACGACGGCGGCGCCUUCGGGGACCAUACCGUGCCCGCGGCUGGCGAGUCCUCGCCGCUGCUGUUGUCCGUCAGUGGCCGUCUGGGCGAGGCCGUCAGCCACAACGACAGCGACGACGACAGCGUAGGCGGCCAGGGGCAGGAGCAUGCCGACGGCGAUGCUGCUACUGCCUGCUCCGCCACCGCUGCGUCGGCGCUCAGUGGAGCGAUCGCGACCUACCUCGGCGUGAACGAAGCCGCACUCCUCCGUGGAGACGGAGACGACGGUCGAACUGCCGUGGGAUUCGCUGAGCUGGCCGUGCCGACCGAGGACGCCGAGGGCGAAGUGCGGCGAUGGCUCGCCGACUGGUCAAAGGUGGCUCACAUUUGCUCCCUGCAGGAGCAGCUGGGGGCUGCUAAGAAGGAAGUGCAGCUCCUGCGCUGGAAGGCAGGGUGGCUUGAGAUUGACUCCGUCGGGGUGAGGUGCAGGGCAGGCCUGCCGUUCGUCCUCCAAGAGUCUGGGGGCCGCCUCGCCUGGCAUGAGUUCUAGGAGCGGGGGCAGGGACUUCGGCGAGGCCCGUUGUGUGUUUCAGCCCUCACGUGAGGUCAGGCCCGUUUGGCUUUGCAAUGCGUGUGCUGGCCUUACCUCGAGGUUCGUGAGGCCCUUCGUCACUUGUUGAGAGGGUGGGCCUCGCGUCUCAUUUGCAGCGAGGCAGACUUCCUGGCCGUGCUUUGCGUGCCUCAGUCUCCGCUGCUGUCUUGAUUUCUUUGAAAUCUUGCGCUUCGCGCGUUUGGCGCUUCGCGCCCUCCCCUGCGGAGGCUCCUUCGGGGCCCCUAGGGUUGGCCCUUGAGGCCCUGGGGCCAACGGGCUCCGUGGGCCUCGGGCUCCUUUUAGCCUUCAUAGGCCCCGCAGCUCACAGCUCACAGCUCACACAGGAGUACGGCAGACCCCACAUGAGCACGUACAAACGCUGGCGUCCAGAGCUUGACGACAAACACUG